AGGCUCAGAUUAACAGCAAAACAGAUUGUCUUUCUUACUGUGCUGUCUGUUUUCUUUUCCUGCCCCUCUCCACAGGAACAGGAAAUACAGUGGUGAUAAUGGUUGGUUAUCCAAAAGGAAUAGAAAUCCUGGAGCCAGUCCGAAGAGGCAUUCCAGUAAAAAUGAGCAUUGUCGUGGGCACGCGGCACGUGCAGGAAUAUAUCAGCGGUCAGUCGGUUGUGUUUGUGGCCAUCGCCUUCAUCACCAUGAUGAUUAUAUCGCUUGCCUGGCUCAUAUUUUACUAUAUACAGCGUUUUCUGUAUACAGGAUCACAAUUUGGAAACCAGGGACAUAGGAAAGAAACCAAGAAAGCAAUCAGCCAGCUUCAGUUGCAUACUGUAAAGCGUGGAGACAAGGGGUUAGACGUUGAUGUGGAAAACUGUGCUGUAUGCAUUGAAAACUAUAAACUGAAAGAUACUGUCCGGAUUCUGCCAUGCAAGCAUAUCUUUCACAGAACAUGCAUUGACCCUUGGCUUUUGGACCACCGAACCUGUCCGAUGUGUAAACUAGAUGUUAUUAAGGCUUUGGGAUACUGGGGGGACCCGGAAGACACGCUCGACGUCCCGAUACCUGAAUCAAUAAGUGGCAGCGUUUCGGUGGGAAGUCUGAGUAUUGCUUUACAAGAAGAUGAGCGAAAUGAAGUAAGCGAAUUGUCGGCUUCCUCCACUAAUGAAUCUGUAUUGCAAUGUACCAGUUUGAAAGAGGAUGCAGGUGAAACCACAGCAUUACUCGAUGUGGAUGUCAGUAAUAACCGGCAUGGAGAACAUCUGACUACUGGAAAUACCCAUUGAACUGCUUCAUGGAAGAUAUCUUGAACAGACUGUUAAAGAACUAUUAUUUUUUAUUUAAUUAGUACGGACUUUUGUCUAGUUAAUGGAAAAUAACAAUGAUGUAAAUUAUUUUACCUUUCAAACUUUUCUAGCUGUUGUUCCAAAAGGGCUAAUAACUUAGAAUUUUGUACAAAAGAGGAUUUUAUAAAAUCUCCUCUGGAUGGCUCAUCCUAAAAAAAAAAAAAAAAAAAAAGAUGCAAUAACCCUUUUUCUGUAAGCAUUAUUACAGUGUCAUUGUGUUCCAGAGGGCUGUAACAAAGAGGAAGACUAGGGCAGUGAAAACAAUGUAGAAUGGCCAAUGGUAAAUAUUUUGGAUGCACUAUUUACAUUGAGUACCUACACACAGAGAACACUUACAAGACUACAGCUAUUAAAAUGAUCUGAAAGCUCUGAUCUAUUGCAAUUGGAGACAGAUGCU